AUGUCAGGCGAUGUGGACAUGCUCUCUGAAGACGAUAGACCCCUCAGUAGAAAGCCCGGUCCAAGCGGACAGAACGGCCACGUCGCGUCUAAUGGCCACGGUCUUCUGCCCGAAGAGUCGUCCAUGAGCGAGGACGACGAGAUGCCCCUUUCCCAGAUUUCCCGUGUAAAAUCUGAACCCAUGACUCCAGUGCGCGCCAUCAAGCGCAAGAAGAUUCAGUCUGACAAUUCUUCUAGUGGCGAGGAUGCUCCACUAGCGUCGUCGCCCGCGAAACGCGCCGUUUCCGGUGCUGUUCGAAUGAACGGUGCGCUCGAGGCGACUACGACGACGACCAACGGGAAGAAACCCGCCAGGAAAGCUGUGAAUUCAGAUGCUGAUGACGACGUGCCCGUGACGAAGGGCAAACGAGCUACGGAUGGCAACGGCAAUGGCGCACGCCCGCCAGCGCGGAAGAGGGUCAAGCAGGAGCGGCGAGAAUCUUCACUGAAUAGCGAGUCGGAUGACGACAAGCCUAUUAGAAAGGUGCCAUCCAAGGCUAAACGAAAGGUCAAAAAGGAGGAAAGCGAUGCGGACGACGAGAGCCCUUCGGACGACAACAAGCCUAUAAAGAAUGCCUCUCCUAAAGCCGCAGCGAAAAGAGGUCAAAAGGAAAAGGAAAGCUCAGGAACGCCUGCGCCGAAAAAGAAAAAAGCUACUAAAGUUAAGGACGAGGAGGGUGACGCUGCCCCCAAGAGGGGGAAGAAGAAGGAGGAAGACGAUGAAGAAGUCUUCCGCUGGUGGGAACAGCAGGAUCCCGAUGGUGAUGGUACGCAGAAAUGGCAGACUUUGGAGCACAACGGGGUUUACUUUCCACCACCCUAUGAGCCGCUUCCUUCUAACGUGAAGAUGAGAUACGAUGGCAAACCCGUCAACCUCCCUCCUGCUUCAGAGGAAGUUGCCGGCUUCUAUGCCGCUCUUCUCGAAUCUGACCAUGCGAAGGAUAAGACCUUCAACAAGAAUUUCUUCGACGACUGGAAGAAUAUACUACAGAAGCACCCACCGCGAGAUGGAACGAAAAUCGUUGAGUUCCUGCGAUGCGAUUUCCGACCAAUGUUCGAGUAUUUUGAGGCGGAGAAAGCGAAGAAGAAGGCCAUGACUUCUGCCGAAAAGAAAGAAGCCAAGGUCGCGAAAGAUGCUCUUGAGGCACCUUAUACUCAUUGUGUCCUCGAUGGUCGUAAGGAGAAGGUGGGCAACUUCCGAGUGGAACCUCCAGGUUUGUUCAGAGGUCGUGGCGAUCAUCCUAAGAAGGGUGCAUUGAAGUUGCGUGUGCGACCCGAAGAUAUCACCAUAAACAUUGGCGAAGGCAUCCCUACUCCGAAGCCGAACGUCCCUGGUAAAUGGAAGGACGUUAUGCACGACAACACUGUGACAUGGCUCGCUACUUGGACUGAGAAUGUUAAUGGCAAUCAUAAGUAUGUAUUCCUCGCUGCAGGAAGUUCGAUCAAGGGGCAAAGUGACAUGCAGAAAUUCGAGAAAGCCAGAGAGUUGAAGAACCAUGUAGAUCGCAUUCGAAAAGAUUACACUGCAGAUCUGAAGAGCAAGCUCAUGGCUGACCGGCAGAGAGCCACGGCUAUGUAUUUCAUCGAUCGGCUAGCUCUUCGAGCGGGUAAUGAGAAAGGCGAGGACGAGGCCGACACUGUCGGCUGUUGCUCGCUUCGAUGCGAACAUGUGACGCUGCAACCUCCAAAUCAACUCGUAUUCGACUUCUUGGGUAAAGAUUCAAUUCGCUACUACAACCAAGUUACGGUAGACGACCAGGUCUACAAGAACAUCCGCAUAUGCAAGGAUGGCAAGAACGACGACGAUAAUUUAUUCGACCGCGUCAGCACAUCAAGCUUGAAUAAGCACUUGGCGUCGUACAUGAAAGGUCUCACAGCGAAGGUGUUCCGUACAUACAAUGCCUCGAUAACUUUCCAAGAGCAACUCGAUCAGGGUACGCCAGAGAAGGGAACCGUGCAAGAGAAGCUCAACGCGUAUAAUCACGCCAAUCGUAUGGUUGCUAUCUUGUGUAACCAUCAAAGGGCGGUCCCGAAGACACACGAGCAAUCCAUGGGUAAAAUGCGCGAGAAGCUGCGAGGCUUUAAGUACGAGCGCAUGAAAUUACGGCACGCGUUGUUUGCUAUCGAUGCUAAGUAUAAGAAGAAGCAGAAGUACGCGGAGGAUGAGUCGGACCUUGACGAUGACGGGGUAGCGGAGCACGAAGACUCCAUGAAGGCGAAGGAGAUAGAAAAGGCGGAGAAGAAGUUCCAGAAAGACAACGAAAAGGCCGCUGAGGAAGGCAAGGAGCCGUUGGAAGAUUCUGUCCUAAAAGAUAAGCGGAAAGAAAUUGAAGAAGAGUUUAAGAGACUCAAGAAAGAACGUGGCACGAGAAAAGCUGUCCUCAAGAGAGAGCGACCAGCUGAGAAGAUUGAAGAGGCGAUAGAAAAGUUAGACGACAAGAUGAAGACUUUCAAGCUCCAGAUGGAGGACCGUGAAGCGGGCAAGGAGGUAGCGCUGGGAACGAGUAAAAUCAACUACCUCGACCCAAGAAUCACAGCCGCGUGGUGCAAGACCCAUGAAGUACCAAUCGAGAAGAUCUUCUCCAAAACCCUUCUUACGAAAUUCCCAUGGGCCAUGGAGGUCGAUGGAGAGUGGAAGUUCUGA